AUGUCCGUAGAUGAGAUCUACAACCCUUGGAAAACCAAGACGAAACCUAGUUACCGACUGGACUUUUACCGGCACGGUUUCCGAACGCCUCCAGAGCGCUGGUGGAAGUACCCGAUCAAAAUCAAUGGGCCACUCGGAACUCUGAGAGGCAGCGACGGUGCUGCCACCGACACAAGUUAUCUGAAGUGUAUGGCCUACUUCCAGGAAGUACAGAUGUGGUGCAUCAUGGAUACCAACGUGGAGAGGCGACGUUAUUACAUGGCCCUGAACUUGAAUAUACAUCCAGCGAUUUACGUCGUCUGGGGUAUCCGAUUGGCGCUACAGAACCUGCAAAAGGAAGAGUCGCUUCUAUGUCCCGGUCCGGAGCAUCUAGCCACUUUGAUGGCAUGCGCUUGGCGUGCAGAUGAGGGCUCUGGCCGCAAUGCAACGUAUUUAACCGACGUUGAGACAAAACGCGCCACGGCGGCUAGCUCGAGGAUUCGGCACUCUGCGUACAUGACGGCGGCUUUUGUGAAAAAGAUGACAGGUGGCUGCAGGACCAAGCCUCUUGGAAACUCAAAACAGCCACGGCGAGGGCACCAAGCCCUUGGCCGCGGCGGUGCAGCAGACGAAGAACCAAACCCCCAACCCCCGUCAACUCAACAUCGCCCGGCCGAGAGGAACUUACGCAGGGCGGUGAUUACCAACAAAACACGAGAACAGGAUCCAUCAACCAUGGGGCGCUCGUCCGGGAUCGCGUGGACACAGAGUCGCAACGGACAAGACAUCGCGCCCGGCGUUCUGGGGGCGGUGGCCGGGUGUGCUGCCCUUCCUGGCGCUGGGCGCGCGUCGGAUGCGGAACCCGCCCCAUGUUCAUUCAACGUUAGGGUUGAUGGUGUCGGUCGGCAGUCGCAAGGUGUUCCUGUUUGCUUGUUGUACCUGUUGUACGAAUACGCAGAGUAA